UCGAUAGUCAAAGUCAUGUUGAUAGAACUAUCGUUUGUGGAACUAUGAUGAUUCCGACAUAAAGCAACAUUAUAGAAUAUUGAUAAUCUAUUUAUGAUUCAGCAAAAGUAAGAAUCACGAUAGUUAAAACGAACGAUAGCGUAUAUAGGCGCAAUAAUUUUUGCAUGGUGGAAACAGCUAGGUGUAUCAAAUCAAAUCAUAGGUAUUUUUAAGCAAAAUAAAUACUUUGAUUUUAAUUCUAUCGAUAUUGUCGAUACUAGAUAACAUAACUUGUAAGCUUUGAUAACCUUUUGAUAGUUCUGCAAUACCUAUUUAAUAUAUCGGUAGGGAAAAUUACAUACAAUCGAAUCGAUAGUCGCCUAUCGCGCGCUUCACUACCUUCUUACUGUAGUUUUAGACCAGAGAUUAGAUCAAAUUCAAAAACAAGUCAAAAGAUCCUAAAAUAUGUUGUAAACAGGAAGUACCUAAUUUCGUAUCUCAUUUUGUGAUGUGAAUUCAUAAAGAAAUGUACCUCAUAUGGAAAAGAUUUAUUUAUUACAUACUUAUGUAACACAGUGAACUUGAUAUUUAUUUACAAAUACUAAAACGUAAGAAAUGACGUCGCUUUUAUUUCAAGGCAUUGAAGAUAGGUAUAAUGGUAUUACAGUUGAUUCUGAAAAAGAACCUUGUGAAGGAGAUGUUUUCAUACAUAAACUAUCAGAAUCACUCAAAACAUGGAGUGAACAGAAAAAAAGGUGCAUAUGGUUUAAAAUAAAUAUAAAAGAUGCAGCUUGGGUUCCAGUACUUGCAAAUGAAGGAUUUGAUUUUCACCAUUCAAGAGACAGUUUUGUGAUGAUGUACAAAUGGUUGCCUACUGACACUAGACCAAACUUGCCACCAGCUUGUCACACUAACUUAGGAGUUGGAGGGAUUGUCUUGAAUCGUACAAAUCAAUUAUUGGUUGUUAUAGAAAACCAUUUCAUAGAGUUCCCACAUUGGAAGCUUCCUGGAGGGUAUGUGGAAAGAGGUGAAGACAUAAAAGAUGCUGCCAUACGGGAAGUAAAAGAAGAGACUGGUGUUAAUACUGAAUUUGAUUCAUUGGUCACUUUCAGACAUACUCAUAAUGCAAUGUUUGGUAACUCUGAUAUCUAUGCAAUAGUCAUAUUAAAAGCUACCUCUGAAACCAUCACGAAAUCUGAUCUGGAAAUUAAGGAUUGUAAAUGGAUGGACAUAGAGGAAUAUCUGAAUCAUCCUGAUGUAUUUGAAUGCAAUAAAUUCAUUAUAAGACAAGCUUUGGACUUAAAAAAGAGAAACAUUAAACUAUCUCUCAAUAAAAGUACUAUAACGUUGGGUAAACUGUCCCGAGAUAUGACUUCUCUUGUUAUGGAAGAUUUAUGAUGUAACUAAAACUGUAAAUCUAUUUCAUAUUAACAUUCAGGGUGGGUUUUUUUAUUUUAGUUACCAUUUUGUUAAUAUAAUACAGUGAUCACACAGUGAUAUUCUAAUUCUAGUAUUAAUAACUCUGUAAAAUAAAAAUAUAUUUAUUGA